AUGGAUCUCGUACUCGAGCUUUUCGACGCCUACGCUUUCGAUCGCGUAUACGCAACGUUGCUGCCGGCGCAGCCCUUCCCUGGCCAAACCGCUUCAGGAAACGCCUCGAUUCCUCGGUCAUGCCUUGACAACUACGAUUUCAAGCCCGCCAGCCAGUACCUUUCGUUCCCGCCUUCCGAGCUUGCAUGCCUGAGCCAAUGGUCUAGAGACAAUGUAUGGAGGCAAUGGAUAUCACUAUACAUCAUAACCUGGCUCUUCGGAACCGUCAUCUAUUUCGCCUGCGCCACCUUUUCCUACAUCUUCAUUUUCGACAAGACCACCUUCGCCCACCCCAAGUUCCUCAAGAACCAAGUGAGACUGGAGAUCGCACAAGCGGUCCGGGCGAUCCCCAUCAUCGCCGUGUUCACGACGCCCAUCUUCCUGCUCGAGGUGCGCGGCUACUCGAAGAUGUACGAUAGCAGAGCGGCGGGGCCGGGGCUGUGGUACGACGUGCUGCAGUACCCGCUGUUCAUCUGCUUCACGGACUUCUUCAUCUACUGGAUCCACCGGUACCUGCACCACCCGUCCGUCUACCGGCGCUUCCACAAGCCGCACCACAAGUGGAUCAUGCCGUCGCCGUUCGCGUCGGUGGCGUUCCACCCGGUCGACGGCUUCGCGCAGUCGCUGCCCUACCACGUGUACCCGUUCCUGUUCCCGCUGCAGAAGUUCGCGUACAUCGCCCUCUUCGCCUUCGUGCAGGUCUGGACCGUCGUCAUCCACGACGGCGAGUACGUCGCCGAGAACCCCGUCGUCAACGGCGCCGCCUGCCACACGAUGCACCACCUGUACUUCAACUACAACUACGGCCAGUUUACUACUCUGUGGGACCGCGUCGGCGGCUCGUAUCGUCGUCCGGACGACGCGCUCUUCCAGAAGGAGCUGAAGCAGUCCAAGACGGAGUGGGAGAAGCAGAGCAGGCAGAUGGAGGAUAUUUUGAAGGUCGUCGAGGGCGAUGACGAGAGGUCGUAUGCCGCGGGGGAUGAUGCUGCGGAAAAGAAGGCCCAGUGA